AUGACUUGAAGAGAGUCACGGUUAGCUUUAGAUGAUUAUCGUAAUUAACCUCCAAAAUGAUGUAAUACAGAUAAAAAAAUGUCAAGAAUAAUGAAUCAUUUACGUAGUAAACAUUUAAGCGUGUUUUGAAAACGAGAUAUGUUGUUACCUACUCACGAAAAUGUUAUUAGUAUUGUACAAGCAAAAUUUUCUUGUACAGAAAUAGUUCGAACACUACAUUUAAACGCCUCGAUAACUCAAAAGGGAUGGGUUGAUGAAAGCCGAAUAUUAGCAUUAGUCGAACACGAUUCCACUUUUGCGUUAUUUAUUAUCAUAUCCGAGAAAGUGAAGCCAGAAUCCUUCUCAGAUUUAACCAUCGAACGAGCAAUACCCAUCGAUAAGCACUUCUCUUGUGAUACAGAUCCGAUUCCUGAGAGUUACACGCAUAUUAUUUUCAGCAUCAUUCAUAAAAAGCUCAAAUUGAAUUUUGUUAUUGAGAUUGGUUUCGAAAGUUCCAAUUUUGCGUCUGAAGUUAUUCGAUUAAAAGAAGUUUCGUCGUUUAAUGUAAACAACUUUAAUUGGUUGGAUAAGUAUUCGUGUGGUGGGAGCCAAACUGAAAUUGACGUGCAACAAGCCACGAUGAAUGAUCAGUCUCCAGAUCUGCCAAUUGUGCGCCAGAAAGUUGCUCAAGGCCACGGUAUAUCAGCCAAUCGCGAAUCUUUCCUUCGUUAUCAGCUGUCGCUGAAGGAGCCGGAGUAUACUCACUUGCAAGAAUUCAGUAUUUUCGUUGGAACGUGGAACGUCAAUGGACAGCCGCCCACUAUUUCGUUAAAAAAUUGGUUGAGCGUCGACCAGGAACCGCCCGACGUUUACGCGAUAGGCUUUCAGGAGCUCGACCUGAGCAAGGAGGCUUUUUUGAUGUUCGAUACGCCUAGGGAGGCAGAGUGGAGAAAAGCAAUAAUGGACGCGAUUCAUCCGGACACGAAGUAUAGAUCGGUCGCUUACGUUAGGCUGGUUGGAAUGCAACUUGAAGUCCUGGUCAACAACAGUCACUAUAAGUAUAUCAGGAAUGUCGCAAUUGAUACAGUUGGAACCGGAAUUUUAGGGAAAAUGGGUAACAAAGGGGGUGUAGCGGUUCGAUUGGAGUUACACAAUACUUCCCUGUGUUUUGUCAACGCACAUCUCGCCGCAGGCGUGGAAGAAGUCGAAAGAAGAAAUCAAGAUUAUAAUGAUAUUAAUCAGAGAGCAAACUUUCGACGGCAUCCGUACACCAUUAAAGAGCAUGAUCAGGUUUACUGGCUAGGUGACUUAAAUUAUCGAAUCACGGAGCAGAGCGCUUUUCAAGUGAAAAAGUACUUGGCAAGCGACGACUUGGCGUCCGUGCUUCUCGCCGAUCAACUCAAUCAACAGAAAGAUCUAAGCAAAGUGCUACAGGAUUACACCGAGGGCGAUAUCACUUUUCAGCCCACUUACAAGUUCGACUUAAAUUCGGACGUGUACGAUACCAGCGAGAAGGCGCGGGCUCCGGCUUGGACCGAUAGGAUUUUGUGGAAAGGCAAAGGGAUACACCAACUGGCGUAUCGUAGUCAUAUGGAUUUAAAAAUAAGCGAUCACAAGCCAGUGAGCGCUUUGUUCAAGUCAGAAAUUUGCGUCGUCGAUCAGAAUAAGUACAGAAAGGUUCACGAGGAGGUGCUGAAAAAGAUGGAUAAGUUAGAAAACGAAUUCUUGCCACAAGUUACUGUGGAUCAGAGCGAGGUUAUUUUUGACACGGUGAAGUUUCGCGAACCACAACAUAGGGAGAUUAUUAUCGCCAAUACCGGGCAGGUUCUUGCUGAAUUUGAGUUUAUCAAAAAAUUGGAUGACGUUAGCUACUGCAAAGAGUGGCUAAGCAUAACGCCGUUCUCGGGCUGUAUCAAACCAGGAGAGAAAUGCGAUUUGCGGCUCAUUGUAAAUCUAGAGCAGCCACUGGAAAGCAUAUACGAUAUUUUGGUGUUACAUUUAAUUGGAGGGAAAGACAUGUUCAUCACAGUAUCAGGGGAGUGUCAGAGAUCCUGUUUUACUACAUCAAUUGCCACACUGAGUCGAGCUCCAGUUCCGUUACUGCAACUUACGCCGGACCAAUUCAAACAUGCUGAAAAUCAACAAAGCUCCAUCCUGUAUUCGAUACCAAGAGAGCUAUGGCUUUUAGUUGACCAUUUGUACAGGAACGGUCUUAAAACCCGCGAAUUGUUUGAGAGUACCGCCCUGCACGAGGAAAUUAUCCGAAUUCGCGAUUGGUUAGAUCUGGGAUCCAUGGAUCCGAUACCUGGAAGCAUUCACGCGGUCGCAGAAGCUCUCCUUUUGUUCCUCUCCUACACGAGGGAUCCAAUAAUUCCAUAUCACUUACACGACACCUGCAUAGCGGCGGCGUCGAAUUACCAAAAUUGCAAACAGAUAGUCAUGCAGAAAAUGUCCGACCUGGAUCGUAACGUCUUUUUGUACCUGUGCAUGUUUUUGCAGGAGCUCCUAAAGUAUUCCAACGAAAACGGCACGGAUCCGAAAACUUUGGCGACGAUCUUCGGCGAUAUUUUACUGCGUGACCCAAUCCGUAAUUCACGCCCGCAAGCCAACAGAGGCAAAGCCAGCUUUAUUUAUCAUUUUCUAAUUAAUGAUCAAAGUAGUUUAAUUAUGCCAUGCAAGUGAUUUUCACUAAGUAUUAUUUAAGUUAUUUUUGUUGUUCAUUGUAAAUAGUAUUUAUUAUGUAUUUAUGAGUGUGUCUACUACUGCGGGGGAAAGCGUGUUAGAAAUGUGUGCUUGUACGAUUGACGUUUAUAGUAGCCAAACAAAAGACCUCACAUGUAUUUCACAAAUGUAUCGUGUGUAGCAAUGGCAAAAUGGCCGAGCAACCUUAUUGCAUUUAUGUACAAUUCCAUACAUCAUAAAGAAACAAUAUUCAUAAAACAA